GCUGCAGUCAACCAUUGGCUAACUCCACGCGAGGUCUCAUUCGUCCGUUUUCUUUGUCGAGCGCAAGCCAAGUCGCCAAUCCCAACCUUCGUAUAGCCCAGCCAUGGAAGCCCAAGCCACCGCAACGUACGACCCGGCGCAGCUCGCGCUCUAUCAGCAACAGCAGCAGCAGUACCUGCAGAUGGUAAGCGACCUCCUUCACCUCCUGCGCUGCCGCUCACGCCCGCGCCGCCUUCCUUCUUGCCUUGCGCUCUCUAGAUGCAACAACAACCAAACAACGAACAAGUGCGCUCGAUGUACGGCAGUGGCCUCAUGAUCAUGCCGCCCACCUACAUGCAAAUGCAGUCUCACCCUAUGUUCUCACGCAUGCCGUUGCCCGGCGGCGGCGAGAUGGUCGAGGAAGAGCCCGUGUAUGUCAACGCCAAGCAGUACCAUCGCAUCAUGGUCCGCCGCCAGCAGCGGGCAAAGCUCGAGGCAAAGCUCGGCAACGCCCGCCAGCGCAAGGCCUUCCUGCAUGCGUCGCGCCACAAGCACGCGAUGCGACGACCGCGCGGGCCCGGCGGCCGCUUCCUCACCAAGGAAGAGAUCGCUGCGCUCGACCGCGAAGAAGCCGCCGCAGCAGCGCAGCAGGCCAUGGACGGCAAGGAGAAGCUUGUCUAGGCACAUGCUAGCGCGUAGGCAAUAGGAAUCGUAGGAAUAGGCCGUAGUAGUUUGCAGACAACCCCCUUUAUAUAAGUCUUAUAUGUAUUACCCUUACAACCGACUA